CCUUUAAAAACAGUAGCGCGUUUAUGACUCUACCGGAAGUGGAGUGAAUUAUGUCGCAGUGGAAUCUGUAACUAGAGUAAAGGGCAGUUCACAGCCUUCUUUUUCAUUUAGAGGUCCUUGGUUUAAUAUUACACACAUAACUCUGUUCCCAGCUCAGACAUCAUACACGAGUCAGAAUGCUGCAGAACACUGGGAAGCUGGCUGGAUGUACGGUCUUCAUUACCGGAGCGAGCCGAGGUAUUGGCAAGGCCAUUGCUCUCAAAGCUGCGAGGGACGGUGCCAAUGUGGUCAUCGCUGCCAAAACCGCUGAUCCGCACCCCAAACUGCCGGGCACCAUCUACACAGCUGCAGCAGAGAUUGAAGCUGCAGGAGGGAAAGCACUGCCAUGUAUCGUAGAUGUCCGUGAUGAGAAUCAGAUCAAUCAAGCCGUGGAACAAGCCGUAGAGAAAUUUGGAGGGAUUGACAUAUUGGUCAACAAUGCCAGUGCCAUCAAUUUAUCAGGAACUCUGGAGACUCCAAUGAAGAAAGUCGACCUUAUGCUGGGCAUCAAUCUCAGGGGAACGUACCUGACGUCUAAAUUGUGUAUUCCACAUCUUCUGAAGAGCAAAAACCCUCACAUACUUAACCUCAGCCCACCUCUCAACCUCAAUCCCAUCUGGUUCAAAAACCACACAGCGUAUACCAUGGCAAAGUAUGGCAUGUCCAUGUGUGUACUUGGAAUGGCUGAAGAGUUCAGGGGAUCUAUUGCCGUUAAUGCCUUAUGGCCCAAGACAGCCAUCCAGACGGCUGCCAUGGACAUGUUGGGUGGUUCUAAGAUCGGUAAACAGUGCAGGAAGGUGGAGAUCAUGGCUGAUGCAGCCUACGCCAUCUUGAAAAAACCCUCCAGCUUCACAGGACAGUUUGUUAUCGAUGAAGACAUUCUCAGAAAGGAGGGCAUUAAGGACUUUGAUAUAUAUGCUGUUGAGCCAGGUCAUCCAUUGCUUCCUGACUUUUUCUUGGAUCAACAGCCAGAGGAUCUAGCCAAGCAAAUGGAGGAGCAUGGUGCCACUCCAGUUUUCAAAAGUGGAAAAGCAGAUUCCAUGGCCACAGGACCUAUUUCUGACAUGUUCAACUUAAUCAGAGGAAUUCUCAAUCCAGAUAUAGUGAAAACCACACAAGGAGUGUACAGAUUUGAUUUAUCAGGCGAGCAUGCUGGAGUCUGGUACAUUGAUCUGAAGAAUGAUGCAGGAAGUGCCGGCAGUGGGGAACCACCUGUCAAAGCUGACGUCGUCAUGUCGCUGGACAGUGAAGACUUUGUCAAGAUGUUCGCAGGGAAAUUAAAGCCGACCAUGGCCUUCAUGUCUGGAAAGCUGAAGGUUAAGGGUGACAUGGGCCUUGCCAUCAAAUUGGAGAAGAUGAUGGCCAUGAUGAAGUCUAAGCUGUGAUAUGAUCACUCAGUCUGCUGCCUUACAUGAUGUACAUGAUAUCUUUUCUAUAUCACUGUUUUCAUUAAACCAUUUGUUCGGCUGAUACUAAUUUUAAUAAAUGUAAUAAAUUGUUA